AUGGCAAAAGCAAAACGGAAAGUAUUUGAUUCCGGUAAACAACGAGUAACCGGAUCUGAUAUUACGAUUGAAAAUGUUUUAAAUGCUCGAAAAGAACGUGAUAAACUUGGUGGUAUAUUUCCAAGGCCUAAAACAAGUUGGCGUGAAAAUCAUGAAACAUUCAUUAAUGCUGUAUCAUCAUCUAAACAGAUUAAUUAUCCACGUCGUACCGAUAUGUCUCAUUCAUCAGUACCAAAAGGUUAA